CCGCGACUGACUGACGCCAGGUCGGGCAGACCCAAGACAGGCAGAGAGAGGAGAACAGGGAGUGAGAGACCAGAGAAAGAAAAGCUUUUAUAGGGAGGAGAGCAGCAGCCAAGGCCACUGCAGGCAUCUGUGGGACUCUUCAUUGACUCAGUAAGACAUGGUGAUUAGCCUCAAAGGUUGAUGACUACAUACAGUUGUUUAAUUAAGUGACUAUCAAGAGGAUCUGAUCCUACAUCUUGGAAUCUGAGGAUUACCUGAAACUCCAAAAGGACGAUAUUUUCAUCCUCUAAUACUGGACUUUCCCCAACCGCUGCUCACAUUUUUUUUGGGCAGAAAGGAGAGGGGAGGAGGACGGCUCGUCCAUCAUGAACGUCACCUCGCUCUUCUCCUUCACCAGCCCGGCGGUCAAACGGCUGCUGGGUUGGAAGCAGGGAGACGAGGAAGAGAAAUGGGCGGAAAAGGCCGUGGAUGCUCUGGUUAAGAAACUGAAAAAGAAGAAGGGAGCCAUGGAGGAGCUGGAGAGGGCUCUCAGCUGCCCGGGUCAGGUCAGUAACUGUGUGACCAUCCCCCGCUCUCUGGACGGGCGGCUGCAGGUGUCCCACAGGAAAGGUCUGCCGCACGUCAUUUACUGUCGGGUGUGGCGCUGGCCCGACCUGCAGUCCCACCACGAGCUGAAGGCCCUGGAGUGCUGCGAGUUCCCCUUCGGCGCCAAACAGAAGGAUGUGUGUAUCAACCCCUACCACUACAAACGAGUGGACAGUCCAGUGCUGCCCCCUGUGUUGGUACCGAGGAACAGCGAGUUCAACGCCAAGCAUACAAUGCUGCCUCGCUUCCGCAACCCUCUACAACAGAAUGAGCCGCACAUGCCGCAGAAUGCCACCUUCCCAGAAUCCUUUACUCAGGUCAACCCAAUGCCCGCCACUUUUCCCACCUCGCCGGUAAACAGCUACCCGAGCUCGCCAGGAAGCGGCAGCAGCAGCAGCGCCACCUUCCCUCAUUCGCCAUCCAGCACGGACCCCGGCAGUCCCUUCCAGAUGCCAGACACCCCUCCUCCUGCCUACAUGCCCCCAGAGGAGCAGAUGACGCAGGAUAUCCCCCAGCCGAUGGACACCACCCUCCUGGCUCCAACAUUGCCCAUAGAGAGUAACAACCGGCCAGAUGUGCAGCCGGUGGCCUACGAGGAGCCCAAGCACUGGUGCUCUAUUGUUUACUACGAGCUCAACAAUCGUGUCGGAGAGGCCUUCCAGGCGUCCUCCACCAGCGUGCUCGUAGAUGGCUUCACAGAUCCCUCCAACAACCGCAACCGCUUCUGCCUCGGCCUGCUCUCAAACGUCAACCGUAACUCCACCAUCGAGAACACCCGGCGGCACAUCGGCAAAGGUGUCCAUCUGUAUUAUGUCGGAGGGGAGGUGUACGCAGAGUGUCUGAGUGACAGCAGUAUCUUCGUCCAGAGUCGUAACUGUAACUAUCACCACGGCUUCCAUCCCACAACCGUGUGUAAGAUUCCCAGCGGCUGCAGCCUGAAAAUCUUCAACAACCAGGAGUUUGCUGAGCUGCUGGCCCAAUCCGUCAACCACGGCUUCGAGGCCGUCUACGAGCUCACCAAGAUGUGUACCAUCCGCAUGAGCUUCGUUAAGGGCUGGGGAGCAGAGUACCACCGUCAGGAUGUGACCAGCACACCCUGCUGGAUUGAGAUUCACCUGCACGGCCCCCUGCAGUGGUUGGAUAAGGUGCUAACCCAGAUGGGCUCCCCCCACAACCCCAUAUCCUCCGUCUCCUAGGCUUCGCUGUCCUCAGCCUCGUGGCUGUCCAUACCCCAGCAUUUUAGUCUAAGUAGCAAGAAUAGCUUCCCAGAUUGGCUUGUGGUUUAGCAAGUCUGCCUUUUCCCAUAACUGAUGGAGGUUUUGACUGAAACACAAGCUGAUCUGGGACCAGUGGGGCUGGGCGUUUUUGUUAAAUGGGUCGGUUUGUUCUCUACUUGAAGGAUGUCUGAAUUGGGCACAUUUACAGUCUGGGAGAGGCGUAAGCAAAGUGAGCGUGAUGCAACUGGAAGAUACUUGAUCUUUGUGACCAACUGUAAUAAUUAGACCAUCACACUCAUCAUGACGCAAGUAUCCUCCCUGAUCUUGCUCCAACAAUGUCUCUUAUUCAUUGUUCUAUUAUUCUGACUCAUUGCUAGUUUUCAUCUAAAUAUUCCCUCUGAAAUCAAGAUAAAUGUGUAGUUACAAUAAUAAUGGGACAUUCCAGGUCACCAAAUUGCAGCUGGCGGAUGUUUACUGCCCGACUGCAACGAGGUUGACAUGAAAUGUACUUACAACAUGUAAAAUGUUAGCAGGGAGUUGGAGGUUGUAAGUAUGACUGAACAUUUUUAAUCAUCUCCAGAUACUUAAAGGAGAGGUGUCAUGCUUUUCCGGUUAUUACCCGUCCCCUUGUGUGUUAUGAAGGUUUUUAUGCAUGUAAACGGUCUACAGAGUCACAAACCCUCAAAGUACACCCUGUAGCGAGAAAAAC